GGCCCCCCGCCUGCCCCCCUCGCCGUGCCCCAGCCCGUGAUGCCCACGCCAGGGGACGGUGGAGCUUAGCACCCCAGAAGCAGCCUGGUGUGGAACAUCCCCGAGGAGGUGGCCCCACCAGCAGACUAUGCCAGAGCCCCUGGGGGGACUGAGCCGAGCGGCGCCUGCCUGGGCACGGAAGAGUGGACGGCAAGGGGGUCCCGGUGGAUGGACCCCCUGAGGUCAGCCCCCCGAUGUCGGCUCCGCUGCUGCUCUGGGUUGUCCUCCUCCACUGGGCCACCGGCGAGGGCUUCAUCCGCGGGGGCAGGACCUGGCAGCACUGCACAGAUCUGCGCCCGCUGGACAUCCUCUCGGAGGCGGUGCCCGCCAGCGGGCUGGCCCGUGGCAUGAGGGUCUUUCAAGUGCAGGGCGUACGUGGUUUCCAGCUGGCCGCCUCACGGCCCCGUGCCCUGGGCUUCCCCGCCUCCCGGCUCUUCAUCCACUGCGACUGCUUCCCUGAGGAGUUCUCCAUCAUCGUCACGCUCAGGGUCCUCAGUGUCCCCGCCAAGAGAAACGAGUACAUCUUCACGCUGAUGGCCGAGGAGAGCCCCAGCGUGUUGGUGGGGCUGCGCUACGCCCCCGAAAAGCUCCACUUCCUCUUCUGGAGCCAGGAGCGCGCUGGCGGCUGGCAGACCCGCGUCACCUUCCACAACGUCUCCCUCUCCAACAACCAGUGGCACACGCUCGUCCUGGCUGUCUCUGGCCAGUCCUUCUCCCUGACGGUGGACUGCAGCGUCCCCAAGGACAUGGUGGUGGAGACGCCAUUUCCAGCCUCUCUGUCGGUGAAGAGAGCCAGCUUCUACCUGGGCAACAGGAGGAGAAGGAAAGGCGUGUUCACGGGCUUGCUGAGACAGCUUGUCCUGCUGCCCGGAGCCGAUGCCACCCCUCAGAUAUGCACUGCCAUGAACUUUAAAGAAGCAAUGCUCUCUGUCCCCACUGUCCUCCAGGACGUCCCCAUGAAGCCAGCGAGCAACGAGGUGCUAAAAUACCCCUACGAGACUGACACGAAGGUGACCCUGGGGUCCCGUCCGCCCUGCACCAAGCAGGAGAAGGCGCAGUUCUGGUUCAACGCCUCCCAGCGAGGGCUGUACCUCUGCAACGGCAGCACCUGGAUUUCCAUGCUGGAAGUCAAACAAAGGCUGGACUAUGUGGAGGAGUACCAGAACCUGGUGACCAACUCUGAGACGAUGGGAGUUGAGGUCUUCACCAUCCCAAAGGUGGGACUGUUCGCAGCCACUGCCAACCGGUACACCCCCCCGGGAUCGGCCAUCUAUAAGUGGACCGAUGGGAAGUUUGUGCCCUACCAGAACAUCCCCACCUACCAAGCUCAGUCAUGGAAGUAUUUCACCAUAGGAAAGAAGAUCUUCCUAGCAGUGGCUAAUUUUGAGCAGAAUGACAGGGGUCAGGAGUUCUCUGUAAUAUACAAGUGGAGCCGCAGGAAAGAGAAAUUCAUCACGUACCAGAGGAUCACCACGCACAGCGCUAGGGACUGGGAGGCAUUUGUCAUUGAGGGAGAGGCUUUCCUCGCAGUGGUCAACCACAGAGAAGGGAAUAACCACAACAUAGACAGUGUGAUAUACAGGUGGAACCCCAGGACAGGGUUGUUUGAAACCAACCAGACCAUCCCUACCUCCGGAGCCUAUGACUGGGAAUUUUUCACCAUUGGGCCGUAUUCCUUCCUGGCUGUGGCUAACACGUUCAAUGGCACAUCCACUAAGAUCUACUCGCACAUCUACAUCUGGCUCAGUGGCUCUUUCCAGCUCUUCCAGUCUAUCCUGACUUUCGGUGCUGCUGACUGGGAGGUCUUUCAUAUCGGGGACAGAGUCUUCCUGGCUGUUGCAAACAGCCACAGCUAUGACAGCGGGAUGCCAGCACCCUCUAACUUUUACGCCAUCAACUCCUCCAUCUAUGAGCUGAACAUCACUGCCCAGAUGUUUGUCAAAUUCCAGGACCUCCUCACCUACAGCGCCCUGGACUGGGAGUUCUUCUCAGUGGGAGAUGACUCUUUUCUGGUGGUAGCAAACUCCUUCGAUGGCUUCACCUUCUCCGUUAACAGUAUUAUCUACAGGUGGCAAGGCUAUGAAGGCUUCGUAGCGGCUCAUCACCUCCCCACUGUCGGCUGUAGAGACUGGGAGGCAUUUCACACCGCCGAGGGCUCCUACCUCUUCUACUCCAGUGCCAAGGAGCCGCUUUCCAAAGUGCUUAAGCUGAAAACCACCUGAGGUGGCUGAGACACACUCAGCUUAUCGCCAGGAUUGGGGUGAGCUGGGCAUCGAGGUGAAGAUGGACCACAGUGCCCAGGGAUGGCCACAGCUUCAGCCCUGCAGCCGGCUGGUGGUGUGCUCUGCAGGAUAGGGAGGAGGAGGAGUGGAGCUCCAGGGCUCCCUGCAGCAUUGUCUGGGGGCUGGCAAAGGGGCCGUGAUCCUGCUUUUGUGCUGUUUCUCCUGGGCAAGGUCUCCUGCCACGCUCCAGAGCCAUGUCCUACCUGCUGCCCAGGUGCUUCCCUGGGCUCGCCAGGACGGCGGUGCUUGGCAAUCUGCAGGUGGAGGGACCCAGAGGUGCUGUUGGUUGCAUCCAGAUCUUGUGCAAAGCCAGGGAAGAAAGAGACUGAGUGGAGUGUGUGCUGCCGGGGGGGGUGCAUGGCAGUGGGGAGAAAAUGGCAUGGGAGAAACUGGGGAAAAAAGUGGCUUUGGGCUUGGCUCUGGCUGCCCAGCGCCUGGAGCUGCGAUGCUGCUGAGGACCCAUCUGGUUCAACAUUGCAUGCCACACUCCGCAUCCACAUUUGGUGGCCUUGCCACCCCAUCCCACUGCCACAGGUGCCUGCUUACCCUCCCACUCUGCUGUGCCCGGUUUUGGUCAUCCUUGCCACGUGACGAGUGUAGUUGUACAAACCCAUAGACGUGCGCAGGGACUGAUGCCAGUCCUUGCACCCCUUCGCAUGAGGUUAGCGACUCCCGUGUAAACCUGCUGUGCACUGGGACCAGUCCAGCUACCAUGGGCAUGGGAGAUACCCAAACUCUCCAGGUGAA